GGUGCUGCCCGUCCCGGGGGCGGCGGGAUUGUCGGGGGCGGCUCUGACAGCGGAGCGGUCCCAGCGGGCGGUGGAGGCAGCACCCCCGGCCCGGCCAUGUCGGAGACCGGUACCCCCGCGACGGCUGACAAAGCGACCCGGCUCCAGGACCGUGUCCUGGGUGGGGUGCGCUGGGGCCGCCUCCUGGAGCCCCUGGGCUUUAUCAAGGUGCUGGAAUGGCUCUUUGCCAUCUUCGCCUUCGGAGCCUGCGGCUCCUUCAGCAGCGAGACCGGGGCGAUAGUGGUGUGCAACGAUGAAAACAAAGAGAUGAGCGCCAUUUUCAUCCAGUUUGGGUACCCCUUCAGGUUAUACCAGAUCCCCUUCGAGAUGCCAGACUGUGAGGGGAAGUCGGAACCCCAGACCCUGCACCUCGUCGGCGAUUUCUCCGCUCCUGCUGAAUUCUUCGUGACCCUGGGGGUCUUCUGCUUCCUCUACGCCAUGGCAGCUCUGGUGCUUUACCUGCGCUUUCAUUCCCUCUAUGGUGAAAAUAAGAAGCUCCCCAUCGCGGAUUUCUGCGUCACCGUCUGCUUCACCUUCUUCUGGCUGGUGGCGGCGGCGGCGUGGGGCAAGGGGCUGAGUGACGUGAAGGCGGCCACGCGGCCCACCAGCCUCAUCGCUGCCAUGGCGGUGUGCCAGGGCGAGGUGGCGGUCUGCAGCGCUGGCACCACACCAGCCAUGGGGCUGGCCAACAUCUCUGUGCUCUUCGGUUUCCUCAACUUCGCUCUGUGGGCCGGGAACUGCUGGUUCGUGCUAAAGGAGACGCCGUGGCAGGCGCAAGCUGCACCCCGCGACAGCGCUGCCGAGCAGGGUGCCAUCGACAAGCAGUAGCGCCCGGGGGGUCCCCCCCUGUCCCCCGGCACCUCGCGCCGGCCGCCAGCCCGGGGACUGGGGGGGUAUGGAUGCUGUAGGGGGGGACACGCGUAACCCCAGGGUUGGGGCAUUAGCGGCUGCUGCCGGGCUGUACAGAGGGGUCUGCGAACCCGGGGGUCCCGCUGUGCAGG